ACUUGAGGGAGGAGAAAGGAACCCUGAGCGACAGCACCCGUUGCCCCACCGAGACUCUAUCUUCCCCCAAGGCUAAACAAGGGAGGCUAAGAGACCUUACGUUGCGUAAAAGCACGCUCGACCCGGAAACAAACCUUUUAAAAACCCACUCACCCAGGGGCGGGAGGAAUCGACGAGUCCGGAACCACGGACAGCUUCACCGUUGCUAGGCGACAAGGCAGGCGCACCUGAACGCUCCCGCGACCGGAGCCCAGCGGAGUUGCAACCCUACCCUGGAAGCAGGUGAUCAAACACGUUUCGUGCAGCUGGGACUACCAAACUUGUUUACAGAAGUGAAGACCUGUGGCUUGUUAUCUUCCGUGAACAACAGCCCCCAGAAUUCCAGGAAGCUAUCUGUCCUUGGGCAAGUGGGGCUUAUACAUUAGAGGACGGCGAUUCCUUUGCCAUCAGAUGUCUUUCUGCUUGACCGAGUUGCACCUGUGGUCCCUGAGCGGCACCCUCCACAUCGCGGAUAGAGACAUCGGCGUCUACCAGUACUAUGACAAGAAAGAUGCUCCAGUGUCAGCAACAGAGCAUGGUAACUUAGAAGAAAAACAAAGGCUGGCGGAAUCACGAGAUUAUCCUUGGACACUCAAAAACAGACGCCCAGAAAAACUUCGAGACUCACUGAAAGAGUUGGAGGAGCUGAUGCAAAGCAGUCGGUGUGUGCUGAGCAAAUGGAGGAACAAAUACCUCUGUCAGCUCCUCUUUGGUUCAGGUGUGCUGGUGUCCCUAAGCCUUUCCGGGCCUCAGCUGGAGAAAGUGGUGAUUGACAGAAGCCUGGUGGGGAAGCUCAUCUCAGACACCAUCAGUGAUGCUCUUCUUACAGACAGUUUCAUCAUCUUAUCAUUUUUGGCACAAAACAAACUAUGUUUUAUUCAGUUUACAAAGAAGAUGGAUUCUCUUGAUGUAAAUAAGAGACUGGAAAAACUCUCCGCCUUGGAUUAUAAGAUUUCCUAUUAUGACAUACCUGGCCCAGCAAACAGGACACUAGAGCGUCGCUUAGCUAUCAAUUCCACUGAGGAUGUAGUUGUUUGCUGGUGGCCGCUGGUCAGCGAUGGCGCUUGGCCUUGGACUCCAAUCUCUUCUGAGAAGGACAGAGCGAAUCUCCUGCUCCUGGGUUUUAGUCAAGGAGGACUGCAGGUUCUGAGUUCUGUUCGCACGGAAUGGAAUCCUCUGGAUGUUAGCUUUGGCGCCCAACAGCCUUCUCAGGUGUUGACGGUGGAGUGCUCCACUGGUGUAGACAAGGAGCCCAUGGCUGACAGCUGUAUCUAUGAAUAUGUCCGGAACAAACUCCACUGCGUGUCAGUCACCAGAAUACCAUUAAGAUCGAAGGCCAUCAGCUGUUGCAGGAAUCCUACUGAAGACAAACUGGUCGUGGGCUGUGAAGACUCUUCGGUAAUUCUCUAUGAAGCUCACCGUGGAGCAACCCUUUUGGCCCAGGCGGAACUCUUGCCUUCAUUAGUAAGCUGCCACCCAAGUGGUGCCAUCCUGCUAGUUGGCAGCAGCCAAGGGGAGCUGCAAAUUUUUGACAUUGCUCUAGCCCCUAUUAACAUCCAGCUCUUGGCUGAAGAUCGCCUACCCAGGGAGACUCUGCAAUUCAACAAAUUCUUUGAUGUUUCAAGCAGUCUUAUUCAAAUGCAGUGGAUAGCUCCUCCUCUUGUUUCCCAAAAGCCUGAAAGAAGAGAAAUCUAUGAUCUCCUCUUCCUCAGGUUCAACAGAGGACCUGUGGGAGUGCUGUUGUUUAAGCUUGGCAUCCUCACUCAAGGACAGCUGGGCCUGGUCGACCUCAUCUUCCAGUACCUCCACUGUGGUGAGGUGAAUGAGGCAAUCAACAUCCUGAGCAGCAUGAACUGGGACACUCUGGGCCAGCAGUGCUUCGUCAGCAUGAGCGCCAUCGUGAACCACCUUCUUAGACAAAGGCUCACUCCAGAGAGAGAAGCGCAGCUUGAGGCGAGCCUGGGAACCUUCUAUGCGCCAACGAGACCACUUCUGGAUACAACUGUUUUGGAGUACAGAGACCCCGUCAGCAAGUAUGCCAGGAGAUUCUUCCACCACCUGCUCAGGUACCAGAGAUUUGAAAAGGCCUUCCUCUUGGCUGUUGACAUUGGUGCUCGUGACCUGUUUAUGGAUAUCCAUUACCUUGCCCUGGAUAUGGGUGAACUGGCACUGGCUGAAGUGGCGAGAAGAAGAGCAUGUGACAUUGAUGUCGCAUCAAUCUCCUCUGGAGUUGCAGUGAGUCGCUAUGUUCUUUCUCUGUGAGCGGCUGCUAAGGAAGAAGACCGUCAGGCUUGUGCUCAUGCCCUCAUGUGCAAAGGCAGAAGACGAGAUAAAAUGUGAAGGAGAAAUACUGUUUCUGUUAAAACCGCCUAUCUUUUUCAAAAUUAGACUUAUUCAUAAGCAUAGUACUGCAAUGAUAUGUAGAGAAGCUUGUUUCAUUGUUUUAUGAAAUUUAUAGUUUUUUCAAGUUGGCCAUGUGGAUAUUUGAAAUGAGUUUAUUUAAGCAGAAGAAAUAGCUGGCAAAUGUUUCUAUGAUGGGCAAUAUGUAUGCUGUUUUUAUAACCUUUCUUCUGUUUAUUCAAAGUAAGAUGACUUGAUGUGAUGGAUAGAACAUAACACCAAGACUCAGUCAGAAACAUCAAGAAAUCCUGAGAACAAUACCUUUAAAAGGGUUUUAUGUGUUGCUGGAUGGUGUCUCACUAACUAGCCUGAAACUCAUACUGUGUAGACCAGGCUCUCUCUAGACUCCUAGACAGCCCACCUGUGUGCCCUUCCUUAGUGCACCCCGCCACAGCUGACGCAAAGGUUUUCAGUAAUAAUUACUUUACAGUUUACUUAGAAAAGAGUGAACUGUCUGGUAGCUAGAAUAAAGGUUGGGAUUCACAGUGUUCUCCAGCAGAUUCAAGUCAUCGGAGUUCGCAGAUUGCCUUGUUGACCACCAGUUUAAGUGACAAAAAUUAUGCUUUAUGUUUCCUUCAACUACUACAACUACCAAUUCUUACACAUGCCCCCGUGCAUGUGUGUGCGUGCCUACAUCCAUGCAUGUGUCAGGCAUACACACACACAUAAAUGUGGGUAUCAAUUUCAGGGGGUUUCCCCCUGUGGCUCUCAACCUUAUUGUUUGAGACAAGAUCUCUUCACUGAACCUAGACUGACUGGCUAGAAAGUCAUAGAGGAUUGCCUUCCCCCACUUCCUGUUGCCCAGCACAGGUCCACAGACAGGUUGCUGUACCCUGCUUUUGUGUCUGCACAUCAGUCACUUUACCCGCUGAUCUUUCUUCUCUGCCACUCAAUUUCCUAAAGCUUCUGUAGUAUUCCAUCAUCAGAAACUCCAUUCUCGAAGCAUGGGCUUUCAACAAAGGGACUGGGUAGGUGAUUGACAUGCCUGAACAAAGUAUAGCCUGCUAGAGUGCUGUCCCUCCUCCUUAAGGGCUUCUUUACCAAUGGCUACCGCUGAUGAUGCAUUUAUAUUCUCAGGGAGGAAUGGGGCCUCAUGACCCACACCUGUCUGUGGUAGGAUGUCGGUGGGCCAAUCAUACACAGGUCGUUUGCUGAUAAUCACAGCUCCCGAGAGUUCAAGAAUGCAGUAAUCACGCCAUGCCCGGAUGGAAGCAUUCUCUACAUUCCACCUCUUCCUUCAGCUCCACAUUCUGUUAGUGCCCUCUUCCAUGAUGCUCCCUGAGUUUUGGAAGGGGUGAUAUGUGAUAGAGGACUCAGCUUUCAGUUGCUCUAAGCAAGUCUCUGCAGUAAACAUGAACCACUGCAAAAAAUAUUCCUCUGACUAAAGCUGACAGUAGUGCUGAUCUAUGGUCAUAAGCAAAAAAUUUCUAGAAGGCAGUUUAAUAGACACAUCAAAUCUAUUUAGCACAACAGUAGCUUCCUCCCAGCCAAGUUUAUGAACUCAACAGCCAUGAGCUUUUGACUAUAGUACCAGAUGCGAGUUCUUUUCCAUGAAGCAAGCCUCAAAUUCAAUCAGGAAAAUGGCUACUUGCCCAUAUAACAGGCCUGCCACGGUUGUGCCAAUAGUGUCAUCUUGCCUAGUAGUGUAGCACCCAGGGUCCACAACUGCGUGGAGCUGUUGGUGACAGUUCUUCUCCAGCAGGGAGGCUGCCUCCAGCUUAAUUCUAGCUAGAUUUUCUGUCUUGGGACCAAAGUGUGCACGCCAUUCUUUAGAGUUCCAUGUCUAUGCCAUGAGACUGUACCAACUCUUUUACUUCUUAUGUCUAGAUUGACAGAUUUGGAGAUUAAAAGGCAGCUGAAAUACAAGAAACAAAAGUUCUUGGGUAAGAUGGGUAGGUGAAAAGAUGCCUCCAUGCCACUGUGUAAAUACUAAAAAAUUAGAGUAAUCAAGUAGAAUUUAUCUCAAGGAAGCAAAAAAAAAAAAAAAGAAGGAGGAGGAAAGAGAUGGAGGAGAAACACCAUGAAUCACAAAGAAGAUCAGACAACUGGAAGGCAUAGAGAAACAGAAAGGCUAUGUGGCAAAAUGUAGGAAGGGCCCAUGGCUCCAGCUCCAGUUCCCCUAGUGGUGGUGGCCUAAGCCUCAUCCAGGAGGCAAGCAGUCCUAGCAUUAAGAAAAGCCUAUGGUUUUCACAAGCCUUGAUAGUGACAUACUUUGUAGUAGACCAGCAUUAGAGAAAAAAAUGACCAAAAAAAAACCCAUCCAUUUUGUCACUUCCAGUGUCUUACUGUGCUCUAGCCAGGCAGCAUCUUGGUUGAGGGGCAACCUUCUGUUUGAGGCUAAGCUAUCCUGGGGAACAUCAUACACCUGAGAACACCCUGCCACCUUGUAUGGGCAAGGAGGAGGCCAGGAAAAUCCAUUGUGAAGUGGGGAAUUGGGUAUGAGCAUAGUGAAAAAGUUCCAUGCAGGAACAAUAGGGUAGUACAAAAUAAACAGGCUAGACACAAAGGAACAAGUGAAGAGCCAGCCUAUAAAGAUAUAGAAAAUAUCGUCCAUCUAUGUAUCUACCUGGGAAUUAAUAACUAGAAUCUCCAAUAAACUAAAAAGCCUAAACACCCUAGGUUCUAAAUUAUCCAGUCAACAAGUGGACAAAUGGAUUGUACAGAGAGUUCUCAGAAGAAAGACAGAGAGCAAGCAGAUACAUGAAAAAACAACAACAACAACAUGACUUUAGUCAGCAAGGGAGCAAGGGAGCAUUGAAUCUAUGUAGAAUCUCCUUAGGUGGUGACUAUUAACAAAUAGUGCUAGUGAGAAUUCUGGGGGACGGAACCCUGUACAAUGAUGAUGCGAUGUAAAUUAGUCCCGCUGGUUUGGAAGGCAGUAUGGAGGGUCUUCAAAAACCUCAACUACCACAUUGAUCUAGUUAUAUAUACCACUCCUGAUCCAUAGGAGGAGUUGGAAUCACCAUACAGUGGGGGGGGGGGGGCUCUCACACACCUGUUUAUAGUGCCACUGUUCACAGUAGUCAACAGCCAGCCGAUGAGUCAGUAAAGAAAAUGAGUGUAAGUGUGUACAGUGGAAUCUUACUCAGCCAUAAGGAGUACUGCAUCCUAUCAUCUGUAGCCUGAUAGGUGGACUCGGGAAAACAAAAGCUGCAUUUUCUCUUAUGGAGGCUCUAGUUUAAAAAACAUGAUUAACAGGAAAAUGGGUGAAGAGUUUAUGGGGAGGAAGAGGUCGAGCAGGAUGGGGAGAACAGACAGGAGAAAGUAGCAGGGGAAGCAUGGAUAUGAGCGGAGUACAAAGUGUACAUGCAUGGAAACACCAUCCUGGGGGCUGCUGUGCUGGCUGAGUGGGUGAAUACUCACAGCCUCAGCUCAGUUGUUGGAUCCCAUGAUGGAAGGAAAGAGCCUCCAUGUGUCCUGCACAGAUGCAGCUCAAAUUCAACAAUUAAAGUCGUCAUGAAACGCAAAUAUACGGUAACUAAAACAGUAAAUAUGAAACUUAGAAUUACAGAUGACUCAUUUGCUUAAGACUUUUAAUAUUCAGAUUAAAACUAAUUUACAAAUGUGCAGAACUGAACAUGAAUCCUUAUCCUCCUGUCUACUAAUGAGCAGGCAGGAGCCUGGAGGGAAUUCACACUAGACACCCACAUUGCUCUGCUGCAGGAACUUAGCUCUGCAUCCUCCCAGAUCCGUUGACUGCAGUGUUCUUGAUUUGAUUUAUGUUUUCACUUGAGAUAAGCUUUGUUAUGUGGGUAUUAAAGUCAAUACUGGACUUCACAAAUACUUAACUAUCCUGUCUUUUCUGGAUGUGUGAGAGUCUACAGUAAAUAAUGUUGCAGCUACAUUGGGACUUCAGAAGAAAACUCGUCACAGUCUUUUCCCUAUGUGCGGA